AAUUCUCACUAUAUAAUUAAAUAAAAUCAGAUGUUAGUUAUGUAAAAAGAGAUGAAAUAAUAACAAUAGAGUUAAUAGAAAUAGCAGACAACUAACGAAAAAGAUGGAAGCAAAUAAAAUAUUACAAUUAGCAGUACAAAUAUUAAACAGAAUGAUAAAAAAUUUGAUGAAAAAACAAACAUAGAAUACAAAAGAUUGUAUGAUUUGCUAUGUGAAGAGAACUAGGCAAAGUAGAAGAAAUACUUAUAGAUAAAAAACAUUUAUCAAAAUGGGAGUUAUCUAGUUUAAGAGAAGGAGAAAGAUCAUUUGUCUGAAGGACUAAAAUUUAAAGGAAUAAGAGGGCUAGUAAGCACAACAGGUGAAAAGAGUGAAGAUAUAAUUCUUAAGACCAUAUAAUAAAAAAAAGCUGAAUUAGAAGUUAUGGAGAAUUAAAUUUAAGAAUAGAUUAUGUACAAUUAAACAUUAAAUUUUAUGGCAUUAAGAACUGAUUCAAUUUUAAAAGACUAAAGAAAAUUAGUUCUGAAAAUGGAAAAAUUGAAUAAGAUCGUUGACAAGAGAAAUUAGGAUUAUACUUAAAUCCUCAAGGACUACAAAAGCUAAUAACAGCUAACUCAAUUUAAGAUGGCUGAGCAAGUUGCUUAGCUUGUAAAUAAAGAGGAAAUUUACAAAACGAUUGAUUAAAAUAGGAUAAAAGCUUAAAAGAUGUAGAAUGAAGAUAUAUAAAAGAUUAGCUAAGAGUAUGAGCAAAUUGUUAAAUAAAUUACUCUUUAAAAGUAAAAAGUAGAAGAAUAGGUUAAUUAAAUAACAGAAUUAAAUUAAGUUGUUUCUAAGGUAGCUAAUAUGAAAACAAGCUUUCCAUAUACAUUUUAAAGAGGAGAAGCUAUGCUAUAUGUUGUUCAUGUUUUUGAUCAUCCUUUGAUUGAAAAUAUUUUAGGAGAUCUUUUUUAUAUUGGUGGGAAAGAAAAUAAAACCAUAAUCCUCGAUUCAUAUCAAAAGAUUCCUUACUAGAGUUCCAAUACUUCAAAUAAUACUCCUACUUCUAAAAAAUUAAAAGAUGUUUUAUAAAAAUUCAACAAAACAAGUCUUAACUUAAUUGUAAUGCCCCAAGAAGAGAAGAAUCAUAAGAAAUUUGAAUACAAACAUUAGGUGUCUAAUUCAUUUAAUCAUUCUCAAAUAAUUUUGAAAGAUGGUUAAAUUUUUUGUAGAUUGCUGGAUUUAAUCAGUUAAAAAGAAAAAAAAAUGAAUAACUAGUUAGAUAAUUAACAACAAAAUUUAUAAAAAAGUGAAAAAGGCUCGAAUAAAAUGCAUAGACCUUCAAUAUUUAUUAAAAAUAGGAGUUUAGGAUUUAACUCAGAGCUAAUAAGUGGGAAAACUUCUAAAAAAACUUACAAUUACGACUACCAAAGUUAAAUUUAAAAUAAAUUGGAUAUAAACACAAUUGAAGACAAUAUAUUUAGCAUGGUAUUAAAAGCCAAAGAUAAAUUUCUCAGUUUCGCUAGACAAUCAAGAACUUAUUAUUCAGAUGUCGAGUACAGAUUUUUACUGAAGGAUUUAAUUAAGUUAGACUCAAACUCUAAUGGAUACAUGUCUGUUUUAUUAAGUAGGAUAAAGAGAUACGAGAAGGUGCAAAAAGUCAAAAUAGACUAAAAGAUUUGUGAUAUGUUUCAAAAAAUGAGCAAUAAAUUUAUUUAACUAAGAAGCUAUUUAUCUUAAAGAAUAUAAGAAAAAAAUUUAAAGCAAGAAAAAAAUAAGAGGUUAAGAGACAAAUUGUGUUAGCUGAAGAUUUAGCAAUAGAAAAAAUAUAAUAUAUCUGAUGAGAAUUAAUUAGAUAGUAAUUGUUUUCUCAUAUCAAACAUAUAAAACUCAGUAGCUGAUGAAACAGAAGAUGAUUAAAUUUAAGAUAGUAACUUAAAUGAUGAUUUGUUGAAUUCAUAAUAAAUAUCAAAGGAGUAAGAAAUGAGAAAUUUUCGUUUAAUGGAUAAAUCAUUAGUAAUUUAAAAAACUCAAUCGAUUUCACCUUUCUUAAAAGAAAUAGGGAAAUCAAUAUCAACCUCAAAUAUCUUUGAAAGUGAGGUAGAACCAGUUGAGGAAAUACGAUUUUUUAAGGGUCGUGUUAAUAAGUAAUAUCAAACAGAUUUUAAUUCUAUAAACAUUUUAAAUAGUAAGCUUGAUACUUUGAGGUACACGAAUAUCCAUAUGUUUACAGAAAGUAUUAAGACUAACAAUAGUCAUCAUCCUUUUGAGUCAUAGUUUAUAGUACUAGAAAAAACCUUAGGAGUUGUUAAAAGGAUUUUGUAACUAAUGAAUACCUGUCUUUAGUUAGCUUAGGUUGUCAUAUAGAAUGAGGCUGAAUUUUACAGAGAUAUUUCUUAAGCUUCCUAGUAAUUUAGUUGCUUUAACUAUAAAAUGCAAGAAUUUCUCAAAUAGUAAGAAGGAAGAUUUUUUGGCUCCUUUAAGUUUAAUUAAUAAUAUAAAAAGAACUAUACAGGUGGACUUAAUACAUUACUAAAGCAAUUUAAGAUGAUUUUUCCUUCUAACUUAUCAUCAGCUCAAAAAAUGUUUCAUAGCUUAAUUGCACAUGAUGUAGUAGUUAUAAAUUUUUUAGAUAUUGAGUAUGUUGAAAAUGAACUGAAAAAUAUUAAACAACGCUAUGACGAAGAAGUACUUCAGUUUGUUAUGAAGUUUAACGAUGAAUAAGAUUUCAAUUUAGAAAUAUCUUAAACUAAUAAAAAUAAUUCAUGGAAUCCAUAAUCUUUAUUUGACGUGCUUUAGCCAUUGAAAGAUAAAGAAGAUAAAAUUUUAAAUUAUGCAUAAAAAUGCCUAGAGUUUAAGCUGAUGGACAUGAUUUAAGAAUCGAGCAAAUAAAUUAUUGAAAAGGCUCAAUAUUAAUGCCAAUAAACAACAAAAAAUCUAUUUGACUUAUGUUCAGAACUUUAUUUAAUUAUAUUUCAAAUCUUAGUUAAAAGAAAGUAAAUUAUAGAUUAAAUUAAACUCAAAAAAGAAAGGGAGAGUCCAAAUAAUGCUGUAUCAUUUAUUUUUGAUUCAAAAAUCUAUGGUGAAGAAAAGCCAAAAAUUCACAACUUAACUAUUAAAUUACCCAUAGAAAGUAGAAAAUCAUCACAUACAACCUAACACUAAAAUAGGCUAUUUAUGGAAAGGAAGUCUAUUUUAAGAAUAAGUGAAAACGACAGUUAAGCAAAAAAGAAUAUUAUUUCAGUUCUCAGCAAGGCUAUUAAAGAAAAGAAAAAGAUACAAACAGAAAAGGAAAAAUCUCCUUCUAAAAUGAAAAGCGAUAAAUUUUUUGUUAUAAAUGAAGAGGGUCAAAAAGAACAAGGAAGUAGCUUUCAAAUUCAAAAUGCAGAAUCUAAAAAUUUUGAUGAAUAAAAGAAUGAACCAUCAUUUAAAUAAAAAUAAUUUAAAGAAGAAUAUUCUUAAAAAAGCGAUUUGUUAAAAGUUAAUUAGAAUAGCUCAACUCAAUUAGAUAUGUUAGAAAUAUAAUCACCAAUAACAGAAAAAAGGAAACCAUCUAUUUUAAGAUAAUUAGAUAAAAAUUUUAACUUUUAAGAAAAUAUUUUACUUGAUAUUCCGAGAAAGAAAUCAGUUAGUGUAAAUUCUGAUAAAUCACUAGAAAAAAUAAAUACUGAACAGUUCUAAAGUUAAGUAGUAUCUAAAUUUCAUACUAUGGAAAGCGAUCUGCAUCGGAUGAGUUUAAGUUAAGAAAAUAAUUCAGAUAUUUUAUAAGAAAAAUAAAGUUUAUUAUAAUCAUUGAGUCCGAAAAAAGAAAAAUAGAUUUAAAAUCAAUCUUCUGAUUAACUUUUUAGGACAAGCCUUUUCUAUAAUAAUGGAACAACAAACCCAUUUUAGAUUUCUCUUUAUAAAGAUAAAACUAGCUCAAAUAGGUCUUAAGAAGAAUCAAGGAUUUUAAUUAGCUCAUUAGGCUAUUACAAAAAUAAGGAGAAAACAAUUAAUAAAGUGAUUCAAAAAAAGUAAAUUGAAAAUGGAGAAGUUUAUGAUAGUUUUAACUCAUCACUAUUAACAGUGGACCUAAAAACAAAAUAAAAUAUAAUAACAUUAACUCCAAAAAUAAAAAAAAUUAAUGGUUUUACAAAAAAUCAAAUUAUUGAACUUUAAGAUGAUCAAAAUGAUGUAAACUUAUACAAAGAAGCUGUUUUCUUUGAAGAAGAGCGUAAGAAUAUUAAACACAUUAUAUCAGAAGAGAGCAAAAUUUUUUAUCAUUUUAAUCCUACUUCUAAAUCAAUCAAGGAAAUAUCAUCUCCAGAAAAAGUAAAAAAAAUAGAUGAACGUAGUAGCAGGCUAUCUUUCUUAAAUAGUCCUUCGCUUAAAUAAAAGAAUAACUCUCUAAAUAAUUCUUCAAUAAUGAGCUAAUCCAAAUUUAUGAUAAUAAAUAAAUAGUCAAGCUUAUCACCUUCUUAAUUGCCUUCUAUCUUGAAAAAUUUUUCUCCACAAAAUUAGUCAUUAUAAGAUUUGAAGGUUAAAGUUGUUAAAUUCCCAACAGUAAGCAGUAAUAAAAAAGAAGUUUAUUUUAAAGAUUAGCCUUUAACAGAAAAAUAAGCUGAAGAAAAUGCUAAAUAAAAUAUAAUUGAUCCUUUAAGUACUAGUAUACUUCCAUUAAGUGCACGUGAAAAUAGAAAAAGUUUGGUGCCUCCUUAUAAAAUUAAAGAAGGAAGCAGAGAUAAUUUAGUUAAAUAAUAUGCAAACAAAAAUGAAACUAGCUAAAAAUAAAUUAAUAACUAAAAUAUCACCCACCAAUAGCAACAUCAUCAAAACUCAUAAUAGCACAGGGGAAGGUAAAAAUAGAAUUUUUUGGAUAAAAUUUCAAGUAAUAAAGAAAGGCUUUACUAAUAAUUUAAUCCAGAAACACUAUAAGGUGAAGAAUUUGUUUUAGAGUAAUAUAAGAAAGAUUUUUUGCAUUUAGAUUAAGUUUAUAAAGCUACAAUUUAAGCUAAUAAAGAAAAGUUAGAAAAUAUGAAAAAUAAAGUAAAUAGUGACCAUUAAUCAUAAGAAAAUAACAAUAAUGAUAUACUUAAAAAAUAUUAUGAACCUAAAAAGAGAGCAGACCUUUAACAGUUAUUAUCUAACACAGCAAGUAAAUAGUUUACACAAAAGUAAAAAAGUGAAGAGUUUAACAGAGAAACAUCUUCUAGCUCCUUUAAAGAGGAAGGUACUAAUAAGGAUUCGAAAACAAAAAUUAAUAAUGAAUAAAUUUAACAUGAGCAUUUGACUAAUAAAGUAGCUUCUUUCAACAAAAUUAAAAUAAAAUCUAAAACUAACAAAUAAUAAUCAAAUAAAAAACAGAAUAAAAAUGCAGUUGAAAAUAAAACCAAAACAAAAAAGAAAUUCUCUAAAAAAAAAUCAAACAAAUAAAAGUAAUAAAAAAACUAAGAAGCAGAUAAGCUUUAAAGUGAUUAAUAAAAAAGCCAAAAUUCAAUGGAAGAUAGUUCAAGUGAUAUGAAUGAUAGUAAACUUGAUAUUUAUAAUGACUUUGGUACCAGUAGCAAUACAAACAGUAGCACUAGCAGCCUUAGCAAUGUAAGUAUUAAUUAAAACAAAAACGAUGAUUAUCAAAAAAUAAAUGAACUUUUACUACCAAAUUCUUGA